AUGAAUUCCGUGGCACGGGCUGGACACCUGGCCCCAUACUUUAAAGCUUCGUCACAAGUGGUAGCAAAUGGUUUGAAGCCCGUUAUACCUGUACCUUCUUCAGUUGAUCAUUUCGUCACGCAGCCUUUACCUAAAACUUCAACCGUUCAGUCUUUGCAUGGAGCUCUGCCUAUUCAGGGUUUGAAAGUUAAGCACAACACGAACAUACCAACUCAAGUUCGUUUUGCUCACACGGAUAUUUCGUACCCUGACUUCUCUGCAUACCGCCGUAAGGAAACUCUGGACCCAAAAUCUCAAGCUAAGGAGAAUGUCGAUAGCCGCAAUUCAUUCACAUAUCUUAUCGCUGGAGCCGGUGGCGUCGCCGGCGCUUAUGCGGCAAAGUCGGUGGUGACACAAUUCGUGUCCUCCAUGGCGGCGGCCGCCGACGUGCUCGCCCUGGCGAAGAUCGAAAUCAAACUGGCUGAGAUCCCAGAGGGCAAAUCCGUCACUUUCAAGUGGCGCGGCAAGCCGCUGUUCAUUCGCCACAGGACACCCGCCGAGAUCUCUACGGAGAAGGCGGUGCCGGUGGACCAGCUGCGCGAUCCGCAGUCGGACGAGCAGCGCACGCAGGACCCCGAGUGGCUGGUGGUGAUCGGCGUGUGCACGCACCUGGGCUGCGUGCCGGUGGCCAACGCGGGCGACUUCGGCGGCUACUACUGCCCCUGCCACGGCUCCCACUACGACGCGUCGGGCCGCAUCCGCAAGGGGCCCGCGCCCCUCAACCUCGAGGUGCCGCCCCACACCUUCAUGGAGGGCGGCCUCCUCGUCGUGGGC